AAGGGCUCCAGGAACACCUGUCAGGGUCAGAAGCAUCUGGGGCAGGAGUGUCUGGAGCAUUCACCAUGGAGGGGAUCUGUGCAUCGCAGGACAACCCAGUAGAACCAGACCCCAUCUGCCAGGCAUCAGUGCCCAGGGGGUUCCACAAGGCUGGGAACAAAGACUUCUCCUGUCAGGCCUGAUCUUAUUAGGGCAAAGAGGUGAGAUGUCCAUCUGACCCAGGCUAAUUCCAGCCCCACCCCAGUCCAUUGGACCAUUAAAUGUGUUCCUGGAGCCCAUUCUAGGGUGACAUCCCUCCUAUCAUGUUUCUGACAUGGCAGGAAGGACGAGAUCACUUGGGCAUCUUGGGAUGUGCUGGGGUGGCACCUGGGGGAUGCUGACUCAGGGAGGGGCAGGGGCCGCACAGCCCUGGUGUCAGCAGCAGCAGCAGCAGGGAGUGUCCCCUCUGCAGAUUGGCCAGGCUGGAGCUGAGCAAGGCCAGGGCUGCUAUAAAUGCCUUGUCAGGGCCAGACUGGACCAAGCACUGCCCUGGCCACCUUCUCCUCCUCGGGAACAAGGAGCUGCCUCGCAUCCCACGCCAAGAUGUCCUGCUACGACCUGUGCCCCCCCAGGACCAGCACAGACCUGUGCCCGCCCAGAACCAGCGUGGCUGUGCCCCAGCCCAUCGCUGAGAGCUGCAACGAGCUGUGCGCCCGCCAGUGCCCCGACUCCUCGGCCUUCAUCCAGCCUCCACCCGUGGUGGUCACCUUCCCUGGCCCCAUCCUCAGCUCCUUCCCCCAGCAGGCCGUGGUGGGCUCCUCCGGAGCACCGGCCUUUGGCGGCUCCCUGGGGCUGGGCGGCCUCUACGGCGCCGGCGCCACCCAGGCCUCGGGGGGCCUCUGCACCUUUGGCAGGGCCUACGCUGCUCCCGCCUGCAGCCCUUGCGCCUGGCCCCGCUACAGCAAGAAGCUCUGGGACACCUGCGGGCCCUGCUAGAGCCACCACCAACUGCCCCAAAGCCCUGCUGCUGCCUCAGCCCAGCAUGGAGAAGCUGAGCUCUGCACAAGCUGUCCUGAGCCCGUGACACCCGGCCUGCCUGGGGCCUGCCCACACUCCCUGAUUCUCUUGCCCUUCUUGGUACAAUAAAGUUUUCCUGCAUCUAA